CCGGCCGCGGUGCGAGCUCUCCGUUACAAACAGAUCAGAGAGACUUAAUUCCUUCACAAACUACCAUUGAGCCCGGCUCCUCUAUCAUUCUAUCAUUUAAGCUCACACCGCCCUGAUCGCAUUGCAACGAAGCAACUGAAUCGCCAUGUCGUACGCUAACAUUGUUAUGGACAAUGGUACCGGCUACACGAAGCUUGGUUUCGCCGGUAACGACGCUCCUUCAUACGUCUUCCCUACGGCAAUCGCGACCCGCCAAGCUCCGGGAGCUGGUGGCCGCGGAGGCCCUGCUCCCCCUUCUAAGCCUUCUUUCUUGUCUGGUGGAGGAGGAGGUCACUUGUCACAAAAGCGUGGUACAGAGGACUUGGACUUCUUUAUCGGUGACGAAGCUGUUGCACACGCGAAUACUCCGGGCUACGGAAUCAAUUAUCCUAUUCGACAUGGACAGAUUGAGAAUUGGGACUUGAUGGAGCGAUACUGGGAGCAGAGUAUCUUCAAGUACUUGAGGUGUGAGCCAGAAGAUCAUGCCUUCCUUAUGACUGAACCACCGCUCAACCCUCCAGAGAACCGCGAAAACACUGCAGAGAUCAUGUUCGAAUCUUUCAACUGUAAAGGUCUAUACAUCGCCGUCCAGGCUGUACUUGCGCUUGCUGCGUCUUGGACUUCUUCAAAGGUGCAGGAUAGAUCCCUUACGGGUACCGUUAUCGACUCCGGAGACGGUGUUACCCACGUCAUUCCUGUAGCAGAGGGCUAUGUCAUCGGCUCGUCUAUCAAGCACAUUCCCAUCGCCGGUCGCGAUAUCACUUACUUCGUUCAAUCCCUGCUCCGUGAUCGUAACGAACCGGAUAGCUCCCUGAAGACUGCCGAACGGAUCAAGGAGGAAUUUUCGUACGUCUGCCCGGAUAUCGUUCGCGAGUUUUCUCGCUACGAUGCCGAUCCCGAACGUUUCCAGAAGUACAUCGCUCAGUUGGGACCUAACCGUUCGGUCACCGUUGACGUCGGUUACGAACGCUUCUUGGGACCUGAAAUCUUCUUCAACCCCGAGAUUGCAUCGUCCGAUUUCUUGACGCCUCUCCCAGAAGUCGUUGACAACGUCAUCCAGUCCUCGCCUAUCGAUGUUCGUCGUGGCUUGUACAAGAACAUUGUCUUGUCCGGUGGAUCCACCAUGUUCCGCAAUUUCGGUCAGCGUCUCAAGCGCGAUAUUAAGGAUAUCGUCGACCGCCGAAUUCAGCGGUCUGAGCAACUGAGUGGAACCGGCGCAAAGAGCGGAGGUUUGGAGGUUGAUGUCAUUACCCACAAGAAGCAGAGAAAUGCUGUAUGGUUCGGCGGUAGUCUGCUGGCACAGACACCCGAGUUCAUGAGCUACUGUCAUACCAAGGCUGACUACGAAGAGUACGGUCCAUCGAUCGCCCGCAGGUACACCGUUUUCGGCAGUGCUUUGUAGGUUGGAUCGAUCGCGAAGGCGGAAGUGUAGGCUAGUAUUCCCCGGAGGCGGAGGUAGAGUUCGGCAGAUAUAUCCUGAAAAUAAACAAUAUCUCUCACAGC